AAUAGUCGACACCUGCUUUCGAUCUUAGACCCUUUCCAAGCAGUUGAAAACACUCCUCUCCGCAAUCACAAUUUAUCUCUCUCUCUCUCUCUCUCUCAGUUCAAGCUCUUUGCACAAGCAUUUGAGAAAGAAAAAAAGUUCCCGUCAUGUUUCGCUCGACAGCCGUCAAGGCAGCCAACAGCGGUAUGCGCUCCGCCUGCACAAGAUCCAUCUCCCUCGCUUCCAGCGCCAGAAAUGUUUCUUUCCGCAGCUCAAAACUCGGCUUGACCACCCGCCGUCCUCUGGCGGUGGUCAACAGCAAACGUCACUACGCCCAGGCCGCCGAGGGCGUCGAUGCCAAUGAUUCCUUCCUCUCUGGCAACACCGCCAACUAUAUCGAUGAGAUGUAUCUGGCAUGGAAGAAGGACCCCUCGAGCGUCCACAUCUCCUGGCAGACGUAUUUCAAGAACAUGGAGGAGGGCAAGAUGCCCGUCUCCCAGGCUUUCCAGCCUCCUCCCACGCUCGUUCCCACCCCUACCGGCGGUGUCCCUCAGGAUAUGCCCGGUCAGGGUCUAGGCUUUGCCGCCGGCACCGAUGUCACGAAUCACUUGAAGGUCCAGCUUCUGGUGCGCGCCUACCAGGCCCGUGGUCACCACAAGGCCAAGAUUGACCCUCUGGGCAUCCGCGGUGAGGCCGAGGCUUUCGGCUACAACAAGCCCAAGGAGCUCGAGCUCGACCACUACGGCUUUACUGAGCGUGAUCUCGAUGAGGAAUUCACGCUUGGACCCGGUAUCCUACCCCGUUUCGCUACCGAAAGCCGCAAGAAGAUGACUCUCCGCGAGAUUAUUGCUACCUGCGAGAAGAUCUACUGCGGAUCCUACGGUGUUGAGUACAUCCACAUCCCCGACCGUAAGCCUUGCGACUGGAUUCGUGACCGCUUCGAGAUCCCCGAGCCCUACAAGUACUCCGUUGAUGACAAGCGCCGUAUUCUCGACCGCUUGAUCUGGUCUCAUAGCUUCGAGUCCUUCCUUGCCACCAAGUUCCCCAACGACAAGCGUUUCGGUCUGGAGGGUUGUGAAACCCUGGUGCCCGGCAUGAAGGCUCUGAUCGACCGCAGUGUCGAUUACGGUAUCAAGGACAUUGUCAUCGGUAUGCCCCACCGUGGUCGUCUGAAUGUUCUGUCCAACGUCGUUCGUAAGCCCAACGAGUCUAUCUUCAGCGAAUUCGCUGGUUCCGCUGAGCCGUCCGACGAGGGCUCCGGUGAUGUCAAGUACCAUCUGGGUAUGAACUUUGAGCGCCCAACCCCCUCGGGUAAGCGCGUGCAACUUUCCCUGGUCGCCAACCCCUCCCACUUGGAGGCUGAGGACCCCGUCGUUCUCGGAAAGACCCGCUCCAUUCAGCACUACAACAAGGACGAGAAGAACUUCGAUUCCGCUAUGGGUGUCCUUCUCCACGGUGAUGCCGCCUUUGCUGGUCAGGGUGUCGUCUAUGAGACCAUGGGCUUCCACUCCCUCCCUGCCUACUCCACCGGUGGUACGAUCCACAUCAUUGUGAACAACCAGAUUGGUUUCACCACUGAUCCCCGCUACUCUCGUUCCACCCCUUACUGCUCCGACAUCGCCAAGUCCAUCGACGCUCCCGUCUUCCACGUCAACGCCGAUGAUGUCGAGGCUGUCAACUACGUCUGCCAGGUCGCCGCGGAUUGGCGUGCCGAGUUCAAGAGCGAUGUCGUCAUUGACAUCGUCUGCUACCGUAAGCAGGGUCACAACGAGACCGAUCAGCCUUCCUUCACCCAGCCCUUGAUGUACAAGCGCAUUGCCCAGCAGAAGGCCCAGCUCGACAAGUACGUCGAGAAGCUCAUCGCCGAAGGUACCUUCACCAAGGAGGACAUCGACGAGCACAAGAAGUGGGUCUGGGGUAUGCUGAACGACAGCUUCGACCGCAGCAAGGACUACCAGCCCACCGGCAAGGAGUGGCUCACUUCCGCUUGGAACGGCUUCAAGACCCCCAAGGAGCUAGCCAACGAGGUUCUGCCUCACCUCCCCACCGGUGUUGACACCUCUCUCCUGCAGCACAUCGCCGGCAAGAUUAGCGGUGCCCCCGAGGGCUUCACUCUCCACCGCAACCUGAAGCGUAUCUUGGCCAACCGCAAGAAGACUGUGGACGAGGGCAAGAACAUUGACUGGGCUACUGCUGAGGCUCUUGCCUUUGGCUCCCUCGUGAACGAGGGCUACCAUGUCCGUGUCUCCGGUCAGGAUGUGGAGCGUGGUACUUUCUCUCAGCGCCACGCUGUUCUCCACGAUCAGGAGAACGAGGCUACCUACACUCCUCUUCGGGAUAUCUCCGAGAAGCAGGGCAGCUUUGUCAUCUCCAACUCUUCUCUCAGCGAGUUCGGAGCUCUCGGUUUCGAAUACGGUUACUCCCUGACCUCCCCCAACGCCCUCGUUAUGUGGGAGGCCCAGUUCGGUGACUUUGCCAACAACGCUCAGGUCAUCAUCGAUCAGUUCAUCGCUUCCGGAGAGUCCAAGUGGCUUCAGCGCUCCGGUCUGGUCGUGUCUUUGCCCCACGGUUACGACGGCCAGGGUCCCGAGCACUCUUCCGGUAGAAUGGAGCGUUGGUUGCAGCUUUGCAACGAAGAGCCUCGCAUCUUCCCCUCCCAGGACAAGCUUGACCGCCAGCACCAAGAUUGCAACAUGCAGAUUGCCUGCAUGACCAGCCCUGCCAACCUGUUCCACAUCCUGCGUCGCCAGAUCCACCGUCAAUUCCGCAAGCCUCUUGUGCUCUUCUUCUCCAAGUCCCUUCUCCGUCACCCCAUUGCCCGCUCUGACAUCGAGGCCUUCACUGGCGACUCUCACUUCCAGUGGAUCAUCCCCGAUGAAGGCCACGGCAAGGAGAUCGAUGAGCCCGAGAAGAUUGAGCGUGUUAUCCUGUGCUCUGGCCAGGUGUAUGCCGCUCUUCAGAAGCACCGUGAGACCAACAACAUCCGCAACACUGCCAUUACCCGUGUCGAGCAGCUGCACCCCUUCCCCUGGGCUCAGCUGAAGGAGAACCUCGAUAGCUACCCCAAUGCCCGCAACAUCGUCUGGUGCCAGGAGGAGCCCCUGAACGCCGGUGCCUGGAGCUACACUCAGCCCCGUAUUGAGACUCUGUUGAACCAGACCGAGCACCACAACCGUCGCCACGUCCUCUACGCCGGUCGUGCUCCUAGUGCCUCUGUGGCCACUGGUCUCAAGUCCGUCCACUUGAAGGAGGAGCAGGAGUUCCUCGAGGCUGCUUUUAGCGUUCACCAGGAUCGUCUCAAGGGCGAGUAGAGUGUUUUUUGGGGAAUUCAUUUCUUGGUUUGGCGGGGGAGCCAGUUUGUGUCAACUCAUUUAGGUCUUUCGUGUCUGGUUUUUCCUUUGUCCAAAGCAUAGUGUACGAUGGUUAUACAACAAGUCAUGCUUGCGUGUGUUCAGGGCUCUGGUGUGUCGAUCUCUCACAUGUUAGAUGGUUUGGCCUGCCGAUACCUUGCAUAUGUUUAGCGCACGCGUGUAAUUUAAGACAUUUGAUAUAAUUCAUUUUCCUUUGUUUCAGUGUCCGGGCCAUGUAAAGAAGUG